GUAUUUUCGCGAAAACGCCCACCAGUAACACUUUUAUUAUUAUUAUAAAACCCUAGGUUUGCAGCCGUCCAAACGGCGAUCCAGUGGUCCUCCGGAAUGGCCAUGUUGACGCGGUUGACCAGCAGUGGCACCACCACGGUGACCCCCGGAUCGCCAAAGGGGUUGCAGCGGUUCCAGAACUACCUGGCCGCGUUCCUCUGGCCUGGGACACAGCGUCAGCGAAGGAAGUCGACCCAGUUGGACGCCAUCGACUGUUUCACCAACGACCUAGUGACCAGGAAGACGCAAAAGUGGGAGGAGUUACGUGACAGUCUGAUGAAGCGACCGACUGCUACCCAGGAGACAGACGCCAACAGCAAUGUCGCACUUGGAACGGGGAAAACGGGCACCACCAGCACCAGUUUCAGCCAGAAUGUGGGCCUGAUGUCCAAGGGAAUGAUGAAUGACCUCAAGGCCCUGCGAUCACCUCAACUUGGCUUAGAUAUUAGAUCGCUAUCGCAGCCGCAGCUGGAUAACCUCUUGAUGGCUACACUGGAAAUCAAAAACAAGCUGGACUUUCUCUACCUGAUCCGUCAGUGCAUCCGCUGCAACUUACUUCCCUCCAACGAGGUGUUCGUUUCCUGUUUAAAGUACCUCAGUGCCCAGCGCAAGCUUCAACAGAUUGAGGCGCUGGCGGAGACAUGCCGCCAACUGGAGCACCCCUUCUCGCAGACCUACGCCGAUUUGGCUCCUUUUCGUGCUAUCGCUCUCUGGAACAACGGGAACGCAGAUGUGGCUCUGAUGACCCUACAUCGCGGCUAUGGUGUCAGCAUGAACACUGAGGAGGGACGAAAAAUGGCGCGAACAGCGUUCCGUACCAUUUCGGAGGAAACGUUGGCCCAGAAGAGCGAGGCAGUUCUGGUGUCACUUCUGGAGGUGGCCCGUGCCAUUCACCGCGAACACAAGGACAUUUUCGUAGUGGCCUGUGUUUGGAAACAAUGCUUUGUCAGCGAUUGGUUCUGUGACCAAAAAUCAGCGGGGGAACUCUUCGAGCACUACAAAGAUCUACAGGAACUCGUGGAAAGGAGAGCCGGUCCCUUAUGUACUUCAUUCUUGGGUCGCAACAAUGUAGAUGCAGUGCAUCGCCUGAUCGAGGUAUUCUUGCAGCACAAGCAGCGCUCCGCCUGCUCUAGCUGUCUCAGCCUGCUCUUUAACUAUCAAUAUAUGCGUAAGGACUUGCGUGCCUGCGCAGAGAUUGUAAAAUCAUGCAGCGAGCUGGAGAUGCCAUUAAACGAAUUGCAAAACGAGCAGUUCCUUAGCUUGUUCCUCGACCAGAGCGAUCCGUUGGAAUCCAACGGAGGCUCAGGAGCAAUCAGCAAGUACAAGGCCCCCAAGUCCUUCCAGUACAAGUUCUAGUUCCCGUUCGUGUUCCCCACUGUUUGGGUCAUUGUCACCGUAGUGUUAGCACAACCAGUUGCACCAUUAAGCAAUAUGCAUACCAACCAAAAAAAAUAAAUAAUAAAGUAGCGUCACUUCAAUAAAA